AUGGCCGAGAACCAGACGUGCGAUAGUUCGAGCUGCAGCGAGGUCUCGAUUCCAGCAGGGUUGCCGGUUCUGAUGCUGCAGCUCCAAUCUCCAGAUGUGGAUUAUGACUGGGGGAUUCAGCCGCAGUUACUCAUUGCUAGAGGCCAGCUCACCACGCGAUCGGCAAGAGCCGGGGCUUGUGUUGAGGAGACAUCAUUUGUGCAUUCGGGCACGUACCUUCGACUGCUGCCGGCGAUAUGGGCAGAUGGAGGUGUGGAUGCCGCUGCGCAAAGUGGUAACCUACAUCCUUUAUCCAUGCAUAUGCCUUUGAUUUUCAAGGAAGGCGGUGACUACUCUCUUUGCUUUACUGAGGAUGCGAUGUUUGGGUUGGGUGGUCGUGUCGACUUGGUUCCCAUCACGAUACGAGUGCGGGGUGCAUACGACUUCGCUUGUGGCGGAUCAGCAUGUCUAUCUGAGCGUUUUCAGUAUUGUCACAUCCUUCAAGGUUCCUACAGUCCCGCGGGUGCUUGUCAGGUAACAUUCGACCGAGCAGAGUCUUCGGAGCAGGGAGUACUGGGAACUGUUGACCAGAUGCGAAUAUCGUGGUCUGAUCCAUGGGAGAUCACCCAUGGCUCCGACGGUACUGUCUCGGCUGUCGAAAACUUCAGCUGUCAGAGCCGGUCUCAAGAGACAGAAGCCUUUCUGUGCUUGAAUGCAGAUCGCUGCGACCUGGGAGACGACUCUGUCCCACUCAACAGCCAGGCGCUUGCAUCCCUUCCUCGCGCACGUGGCGAUUUGGCAAAUGAGUCCUUCAAAGCCUACACAAUUGCCGUGUGCUUGUGUCCUAUUGUUGGAAACUGUUUGGAGCCAGAGUUCUUCGUUCAAGAAGUGGGCGUCGUGCACUUUUUCGCUGCAUUUCUUUGUUUACACUCCGGAGAUGCGGAACAUGUGGGGGCUGCAUGUGCCGGGUCAUUCUCGUCAGCAGCUGCGUUCUAUCCGAUUCAAAUACAUGUGCUUUGCCCUGCCGAUGUGUGCAAGUCGGUUCCGGACCCGACUGGAUCCCGCGUGAAACUCACAUCUCCAUCGCCAGAUAAUUUCCGCGCCAGCUGGGAUACCAGCACGGGCUGCCGGACAGCUUUGCAAUCGCCCUUGCAGACGCAGCCACCCAAUUGCUUGGAUCCAUCACACUGCACGGUCUCCGGGGGCAUUCGCCAGGAUCUAAAACGCUUCGGAGAAGGACCAGAGGGUCCUUUCCAGUUUCUGGGGAAUCGACCUUUGCAUGGCCAAAGAGCUUUCCACUCUGCGUUCUAUUUGGAUAUCUGCUUCUGCUUAUACGACUGCAGGAGUAGGCUCACUGUCCCGAGCUAUUUCAAAGUUGGCGAGAUGUCCAUUGUUCCGUUGCGCUUGCUUGGUGCGAGCCUCCUGCUGCAAGUUCCGCGCAGAGCGGGCGCAGUGCGCCUGCAGAGGUCGGUGGAGGCUCCAGUCUCUUUUCAGCCUCCGCCGGAGUCCAUUCCAUCAGCAGGUACACGGCAGGCCUACUUGAAGCUUCUUGGGGACGAUGGGCAUCAGGUGCUUGACCAGGAAUGUGGUAGCAUACCGUAUGCUUCGUUUUUGAACCAGUCCUCUCCUGAAUUCUUCCUGCUCGCAAUUUCCAACAGCUCGUCGGAGCUAGACGAGGCCGCGAUUCAGGAAAGAUUCCGAGGCGAGCAAGACUUGGCGAACUCUUCCCACCUGGCAUUCAGUGGUGGCGACAAUGAAGGCAUGAUGUUUCUACGGCCAGGGCGCGUGGCAGUUUGCUACUGUGGAGUCGAGGAAGGAGGCUGCGCACACGGAUUCUGGAGGUUGUUGACGCACUUGACAGUGCGAGGUCCUAAAGUUCUUCAGGACCUCACCUCAUAUCAGCACUGGACCGUAAGCUCAGAUGUGGUAUUCAGUCUGCAGCUUCUGGGAUGGGGCCUUGUAGAAACGGAUCGGAUCUUGAUCCUGCAGCCAGGGGCGUCUUGCACGGAAGAUGUGCUCAGAGUGGAAGACUCCGUUUUGCGAAGUUGCCCCAGGAACUGCAGCGAAGCUGGGGGUCUUGAGAGCAAUUCGAGUGACGGUAUACUUCUCCAUGUUCUGAGCGACAGCAGCGUUCCUUGUGGUGGAGCAGCGGAAGAUCUUGGUCUUUGUCCGGACGUUUUUGUUGAAGCGGUCGAGGUUCGCGAAACUGGGACUUUCGUGACCUUCAGCUCUGCACCCGGGCUGUUGACCGGGGAUGUGUUGAGCCUGGGUGAGCAGGCUGCCUGCUCCGCGGCAAGCCUUGCAAACGGGGCUUGCUCUGUCGAAGAUGAAGAAGAACUCCGAGGCGUCCUGGCUGCUGCGGGAUCGUCAAGUGGAGCAGGUGAUCAUGACUUCAGUGGUUUCUCCGGCGAUUCACAUUAUCUUGUGGGAAGGACAGCCACAUCCACUCCCGAUGAGCAGACUUUCGUGCUGGAUGCUCUAUGGCCUUCUUCACGCCUCCCCGUAUUCGAGAUCUCCGGUGCCGGACAGUGGACUCGGCAUAGUCAGGCGGAAACAGCCAGGGAGCUUCGGGCGACACGUGCCAGUGAACUGCCUGUCUGCUGGAGGCCUUGGAACGGGCCAUCUGUGAUGGCUGGCAGUCUCACCGUGGAGGAGCCAGCCGAAGCAGAUUGUCAGAUUUUCCUGACGGCCACCGGGAGACAUCAAGCUGCCCCGGUCUUGAUCACGUACCGCACAACGGACCUUGGCAAGGAGGACGGCGAGGUAAGCCAAAUGCGCCUGGAGUUUCCGACCGCGUCACUGCUGGGUCUUCGACGAGCAACAGACGAUACCGACGUCAUGGAAGAGCUUGCUGGCGAGAAUUCUGCCGACGGGUCGAAGCAGACAUGGUGCGGCUUUCUCUUCAAGGAGAUCGCAUCAGACGAGGUGGAUGGCUUUCCACUGCCUCACGGGUGUUACUUGCAGCGUGCGACUGCAGACUCAUGGGCUGUUGGCCUGGUGUUUCGCAGUGGUGUCAUGUUGAAGCCGCAGCAGCGGUACCACAUGGUCUUGAACGGUGUGAUCGGGCAAUUGGCACAGAAAGGGGACGAAGUACUUCGAAUACUUGUUUUGGACAAUCUGGAGCACAAGCCUUUCCAUGUGGCCGAGCGUGGCCGCUGCCGUCUUCAGAGCAGCCCUCAGGAGCCAGCAGCAGCGGCUGGUGAACCAGACUUGCAAAACUGUCCCAUCCUUGGGGGUGCAAACGGAAUUCUGGAUUUGGGAUCUGGGCUCGCUACUUUGCGCUUGCAGCCGCAAGCGAGCAGUGCGCUUCGAGCAAUCUCAGCUUCCAGUCAUCUGAGACUCUUCCUGUGGCCCCUCAUGGGAUGGCACCUCCGAACGGGCGAGUGCGAUGCCAAGUGCAUUGAUCACAAUGGCUUCUGUGGCCAAGCGGAGAUGUAUUGCAGCAGUUUUGCGGUAAGCACGACUUGGACUCGACCCAAUGCCGUAAAGAUGACGCUGCCGAGUGAUUUGGCCGAUAUUUACGGGGCCAUCCAGAACAUCUUCGAGAUCUCCAACCUGGCACCACCUGCAGGAGGGCUGUUCGCGGGACGCUGCGGAAUACAGAUCAGCUUACCCAGUGAUGUGGCUCCGACCUACAGUGCUUCUUCUGGUGAUUUCAUUUACAGGAGCCCCACUGCCGUGGCUGGUUUGCUCAGCACCGCAGGAAACGAACGGCCUUUCCAAGCGCAAGAAAGCAAUACCCUCUACGUGAAGAUACGCUUGGGAGCAACUUUGCUGAGCGAGUUCGCGGACUUCGCCGCGACACUGGAAAUUCAGACCCCUGCGGGCUACAGAUGCUCUGCCGCGGAGGUUCCGGAAGCGAUCGCGGCCCUCGUCGAUCAAGGAAGCCUACUAGGCAGUCUCCAGGAAGAUGGUUGGAGCAGCGGAUCACGAAGCUGCUUCUUCAACCUUCGUGCCGGAUUCGCCAUUUUUGCGGGCACCUCCUUCAUGGUUCGGCUUAGAGUUCGGAACCCCACAAGCCCCCUUCCGAGCGAUGAUCCGAUGAACGUUUGGCAUCUCGGUCUCGAAUCCAUGGGCUCCUCGCCUUUUACCCGACGCAGCAAAAACGUCUCCGAUGCAUUCCAAGUAUCUGAGCAGCUGUUUGGGGCAAACUACACAGCCUCUAUUGCCGUUCUGGGCCGUCUUUCGGCUGUCUCGCUGCAACCGCAGAGCUAUCAGCCCACGCUGCCCUCUUCGCUGCAAGGUGAUGCUUCCCUCGCUGGCACCAUACUCCAAGUUUUCUUCCGAACGGCACAGAUGCUCCCCGCAGGUGGCACGGUUGUGCUCCAGGCUCCUCCUGAUUUCGACUUCGGUAUCGCCUGUGAUGUCUCGGACCUCCCUUUGGGCGGCCACUACUAUUCGAAAGGCAGGGCAGGAGAGGUGACGCGGCGCCUUCCGUUUCUGAGCUGUGCCGGGCAGCAGAAUCAGCAGAGCGAGGCCUUCCGCGGCUUUGAUGCAGCUCGGGUGAGUUUGGAAGAGCGCCUCUUCGGUGGUGAAGCGUACGGAUGGCAGAUCCGGGUGGUUCCGCCGAUUCUCGGCUUCGCGGCAAACGGUGACUGGUCACUCUUUACACAAGCGGCUGCAGGGCGGAUGGAUGGCAGUGUCGCAAUGUCCUCUGCAAAUGGUGGCUCCUACCAGCUCUACUACCGAGAAGUAGCUUCAAUUCAAGUUCACAUCUCUGACCUGAAGCCUCGCGAGUUGACCGGAAAGGAAGCAGUACUGCACCUGCUCUUCCGCCUCGGCGGAAUUUAUCUUAGCAGCGUCUUGCGAUUGACCGUGCCCGUUGGUUUCAUCUUCAACUUCCCUGACACGAGCUUCAUCUCAUCCGCCGGAAAUGCUUCUGUCACGUCGCUCGAGGAGGCGCUUCAGGUACCAGGCGCCACUGUGGACUGGCCGGCAGGACUUCCUCAGCAACACCUUAAUGUUCUGACUUGGUCAAGUGCCUUCUACAAUCCGCUGGAAACGUACGGUUUCCUGGCACCUGUGGCCGUUCCGUCAAGAAGCUCGACUCAGUCCAGCCAUUCCUUCGUUUUGGAAGUUGGUUACGAUGAAGAGGCAAUGGCUGCAAGCUGGGAACUCCUCCGCACAACUGGAUGUGCCUUCCAUUGUCAAGCAGAAUCUUCGGAGUUGCCAUUUGAGUACUCUCAGUCGCUUGCUGACGCAAGUGCAUUGCAGCACCUUCGCGAAAUCUGCCGUGAAGCUUGUCUGCUCCGACAUGGCUGUGCUGAGAUCGAGAUAACAUUUACAAGCUCCGAUGCUUCGUGUUCCCUCUGCUCCUACUUGUCGUGUCAACAUGUGGAGCGGUUCGAUGCCGAGCUCCAUAUGCUUGUGUCCUUGACUCGGCCUGCCGCCUCCGUGCGGCCGGCUCCGCUUGUGCGUGCGCUUUUGGAUGGCGAGGUGUCCUUUCGCACGCAGCGUGUGGCAGCAGUGAGCGUGGUGCGAUUUCGAAUCCGACUGGUCACAACUGUGCCAGCUCCACGAGGGGCAUUGCUCAUUCAAGGCCCAGAGGGGUUCUUCUUCUCGGAGCAGUGCCAGCCGGUCGAUGUCCCUCCUGAGACCGUUGACCGGUUUGCUCUUCGAAGCAUGGGCGAUGGAGGAAUUGGCUGUACGUUCUUCCGCCUCGCCGGUGUCCCUCGCAUUCAGCUGCAGCCUGGCAGCUCCAGCCUUCUGUCCGGCCUCUACGUCUUCGAGCUUCCGGUGCAGAACCCGGUGUCGCUGAGCGCCGAAACAGAGUUGAACGAGCAGUGCGGAUCUCUGCAGUGCUGGUCCUUCACGACUGUGGAGGAUGCUUCUGCCAGCAUCCUCCACGAGCUAGACCAACGUCUCGUCGUCGCUUCUCCUCCUCUUUUGGAGAAGAUGGCGCUUGCCGGAUUGCAGGAGGUAUCGGUCGUGCAGAGAGUCGCAAGUGAUCGAAAUGAUCAGCCUGAAGCUGUGAACAACCUGAUCUUCUUCUUCGCACUCUCAGUACAACUUGUCCAGAGCACAGCAAACCUCCAAUUGACAGCUCCAGACGGCUUCGUCUUCUCUGAUGACUGUUCAGAAGGUUUCGUUGUGUCCGAAGAUGUUUUCGGAAGUGGGCAAGCAUUUCCCAAUGGCUUUCAUGCACUGCCUGCCGGGUCGACCGUGCAGUGCAUCGGCAGGGGAGAGGUUGCAGAAGCGACCCUCGCGCCAGCCCUGCUCGCCGCCAACACCAAGUACGCCUUCCGAAUUCGAGUGACGAAUCCACCGGUGCCGCCAACCCUGAACCCUACCUGGAGUUUGACCCUGGCAAAUGAAGCAAGUGAGCUUUUCGACUCCUUCCCACUCUGGCAGAUCCAGGGACGCUUUGUUCCAACAGCAGUGCCGGCUUCCAACGUCGAUGCUCAGGCCUACCAGUCAUGUUUGUUUGAACCAACGAGUUCUCUGCAAAUGCCGCCAGUGCGGGUGCGAUUCCAGCCACGAAGCGCUUUCCAAGAGUUGCAGGUAGAGGCUCCCCAAGGCUGGUCGUUGCUUCCCGAGCUGUACUGCUCUUUCGGACUCGAUGGAUGGGCCCUUCGCUUCGAUGGUUCGAAGGGUGGCAACACGACCUGCGCGGCGACCGGUAGGCAGCUGGUGGUACGCGUUGCCAGCACAGAAGACUCCUGGGCCGGAGUCUCCUUCUACGAGCUCUGGGUCGCAGCAGCGCCUCCGCCCGUCGCCACCGACGCGGCGGUAUGGCGCCUUCAAACCUUCCGGUUGGAUGUGCCAGCAGAUGCAGAAGUUAUCAGCAAACUCAUCUACGACGUGGGGCAAAUUUCCGGAGUUCGUGUUUAUCAACGCAUGGCGAGCUGGGCGGUCAUCAACAGAGGCAACGAGUACCUUGGCGGUGCAGUACUGGACUUGACACUCGUCAUUGGUUUUGCCAGUCCCAUCGUCGCAGAUGAUGAGCUGGUACUCACUGCUCCAAGUGGCUUCAACCUGGCGGCAACUCCGACUUCUGGCGAGUGUCUGCAAGCUCAAGUUGUCGAUGGCGACAUGACAGAUCCAAGUACCUGCGUUCUAGAUGCACGAAGUCCGUUGACGCUGGCGAACCAGAGUGCUUUCUGUUCGGGGCGCAGUUUGCACUUGCAGAUCAACUCCUCAUGGGUGGAAUCUCUCGGAGACUCUAUGCAGGUGAUGCUUCAGGCGGUCAGCGCAUCCCUAGCUCCAGCUGAGGAGGACAACUUCUGGUCGGCAUCUCUGUGGCGGAACGGCUCGAUAGUAGAAGGCAGCGAUCUAAUGUCUUGGCGCGUCGUUCCGCAAGUGCAGCAGCCUUUUCUGGAGCCCCUGGUGGGCGCCAGGCAAGCCGCAGGGGCAUAUCCUGUCGAGCUUCAGUUCUCCUUUGUGAUCCGAGCUGCUGCAGCUCGAUGGUGCCUCAAGGCUUUGCAACCGGCAGCUUUCAACUUCUCUGCUACAAGGCUGCUUUCCGCAAGAGAGGAAAGCAUACUCCCAGCUGACACAGGUGUGCAGCUGGCAUUGCAUGGAGUGAAUCUUCUCACCUCCGUUGCUGGAGAAGUGGGCAGUUUUGCUUCUAUGCGGCCAGACAGGAGAUAUGUCUUCUUGUUGGCGAAUGUUGGAUUGCCUUCGGUCGCUGGUACUGUCUACUUCGAGGCCCACACUUAUGAUUCAUCUGGUGCCUUGAGCAACAGUGGCAAGGCAGUGGAAGCUUUCACCGUGCUGGGGAAGGUGGAGGUGGCAGAUCUUCAGGUCUUUCCCUGGCUGCAAGACACGGUCCACGAGGCAGCAAGAGUGCUUCUGGACCGCUUACCUCCACGACCGGGAGAUCAGGCUUUGGUUCACCUCAGCCUGUGGCUCCGUGCCAUCCCCGGAGAACAUCUUCGAGUUUCGGCUGGAGAUCUGUUCUUGCAGGAGAUGGUCUUGAAAGAUGCUCAGUCCAACAACCAGCUAAGGCCGUCGACGGUAGUGCCUGCUGCCGUUGGCAGCACACUCAUCGCGGAGUUUUUGGGGAAUGUGAAUGAAGCGAAGCACGAGCUGGAGGUUCAACUCGCUCUUCCGGCGGACCUCUCAGGCGGAGCCGGUGCCGCCCCGAUCUGGCGAAUCGAAGUCUUGGAAGCAGACUGGGACACUGCGAAUCGCAGUAACAUCGUCUUGAGCACGAAUGAUGGCGACUUCUCUCCUGCACUGUUGCUGUCCUAUGCCUUUGCAGUAUCAAUCUCUCCGGUGGCCGUGGCUCCGAAUUCGGAGGUUGUCCUGAGUGUCAGCAUCGACCCCAGCGAUGCGCAGAUCACGCAUGUAGAUCUGUUGGCACCACGUGGAGUCAUAUUCCCGACGAAUUGUUUGGCAGCAUCCAGUCGCAGCGUCCUCAGCUGCUCUGCAGCGCAGUACGAUGCCGAAAGAAUGCAGCUGACGCUGACGAUGACGGUAGCAGCCACUAUCGAACGAUCUGUCACGGAUAUUUCCAUCAAGGCGCAGAACCCUGCAAGCACCGAUCCCGACGAAUGGAACCGGUGGCUUGCAAUCGGGCGUUCUGGAGAAGUGGAGGUGGGCUGGGCAGAGAGCGAUUCAGACUACGGAGUCGCCUCGAUGGUCGCAUCAUUGGAGUACCCGUCGGAGUCUGGAAAUCUAACAGUCCUGCUCGCUGUGGAGGUCUCCUCACGCGCCGUUGCAGAUCUUCAAGCGUCUGGUGCUGGGGCGUUGCUUGAAUUGCGGUACCGCGGAAACUCCGGGGCCACUACUUCCAGUUCCAUGGGGGCCGAAGCUGGCUCCAACCAAACUCCGUCGGACAUGGCAGAAGAAGUACAGUUUCGUUGUGAUCUGGGUGAUCCACCAGAGGAUGGUGGCUGGAGACAGGAAGGCGUGUUUUGGUAUCGGGUGGGUGGCUGGAGUCCAGUCGAGCUCCCACCUGCGGCAGCUGUUACCAUGCAGCCUUGCAGCGCGCCGGGAUCAUCAAGAGUCGUGUUUGAGAUUGCGGACCUGACACCUGGCGUCCUCUCGAUGACCAUCGAGGCCGUCCUGUCCCUUUCCGAUAGCGCCAGCUUGGACAGCAAUGCAGUCGCCCGCUGGGACGUGACCUUGUCGGCUUCUGGGGGAAGCAUCGUUGACAUGUACCCUGGCCUCGAGGCAGAGGGCUGGUGGGGCAGAGCCUGGGCCCUCCGGCCCUUGCUCCUCUCCUGGGAGGGUACGAGUUCUCCAGGUGCCCAGGUCCCUGUACACGUCUUGUUUCGAAAGCAAGAUGGAGAUGCUCCGCAGAUGAUCUGUCUUGGUUCUCCGUCCAAGUUUGGAGGAGGAGCAGACUCGGAUGCGGGCUUCACCAUGUCGACGCUAAGUGGAGGCACGAUGACUGAAAGUUUGGGGCUCUUGCCCGAUGGUUGGGCAUGGAUUACGGAAGCGGAGGUGACGAUGGCCAGCAUUUGCCUGGUGACAGACGCAGCAAACAUCACAAACUCACCUGCUGGAACUCGCUUUUCGUUUACUGUCUUGGUGUCCUUGCCAGACGAAAGCAAGAACUGGCCUGUUGACAAGCUUUGGCAUCUGCACUUCUGUCGUCCGACGUGCGGCAACUCCUCCAGUGGUCAGGCGGACACCUUUUUCAUGUCAGGCUUCUUGCAGGGCGAGACGUAUCCGGGCUGGGAGCCUGUGCAGACCAACGGCAAGAUUGAAGGCCGAAGUGCAGGGUUGGCAGCGCUGCUGACUCUAGUUCUUCACUAUGUCUCUGUACAAACUUAG